UUCGGUACCCGACCCGAUCUAUCACCUCGGUCACACAAAUAUAUCUCACGCUCCACUCCCCCAAAACCAUUUCCAAAAACCUUCAAAAAAUCUCUCCCACCCGCUUCAUCUCUAAUCCAACCCCUAAAUCGUUUUCCUCCUCCUCCUCCUCCUUCACCAUGGCCGGAGAAUCCGAGAGCUUCUCCACCGCCGUCGAUGAGACCGCCACCAAGUACGGCUUCGAGCGAAGCGAGAUGUACGAAAGCAAGCUCGCCGGAACCGUUGACCCGUACGAUCGUCACGUUUUUCUCUGCUACAAGUCUCACGAGUCGUGGCCUUCACGCGUCGAGGAUUCCGACGCCGAUCCGCUCCCCAAGCUGCUCGCCUCCGCCCUGAAAGCUCGUAAAAACGAUAUGAAUCUCAAGACUCGUUUGACCAUAUGCGAGGCAGGCGAUGAUGUGAAGCUGUCGGAUGGAGAUGUACUGAUUUUCCCUGAAAUGGUUGUAUACAGGGGUUUGACUGAGUCAGAUGUGGAUAGCUUUGUUGAGGAUGUGCUUGUAAAUGGAAAGGAAGUGCAGGAAAAGAUGACUGGCUCAUAUGUGUUCGUCUGUGCUCAUAACAAUCGAGACCGCAGAUGUGGUGUUUGUGGCCCUAUUCUGAUUGAGAAGUUUAAGGAGGAAAUUGGAUCCAAGGAUUUGAAGAACCAGGUAUCUGUGGUUGCUUGCUCACAUGUAGGAGGGCACAAGUAUGCAGGCAACGUGAUAGUUUUCAGUGCAGAUUCUGAUGGAAAAAUUGCUGGUAACUGGUACGGGUAUGUUACACCUGGCGAUGUUCAUGAAUUGCUUGAUAAACAAAUUGGGCAGGGAAAAGUCAUUGACCGUAUUUGGAGGGGUGGAAUGGGUGCAAAAGUUGAGGAGGUUGAAAAAGUCGAGGAACCAAAGCUUGCUAAUGGAACAACUGUAAUCAGCGAAGAAAAACAGGCUGAAGAGAUUGUUGUUGAAGAAAAGGCGGCAAGUAAUGGGGGCUGUUGCCAAGGCGCUAAUGCAUUCUCAUGCUGCAGAGAAGAAGAGAAUGUCGAGAAGAAGCCAGUUAAGAAAGGACUCUCUUGCUAUACGGGGAAAUGGGAGCAGCAUCAUACCCUCACUACUGUUGCUAUUUUGGGUGCAUUAGCUACAGUUGCUGUGGCUUAUGGUGUGUACCGAAAAGCAAGGUGAAAAAAUUGCUAUUUUUUUUGCCAAACAUAUUGCCUUUUAAAUGGUUAAGAUAGGGAGUUUAAUUCCCCUCGAUUUUUGUAGGGAUAUAUAUAAUACUCGAGUAUAUGAAUUACUAUGCAGACUAUGUUUGUGCGAAAAAACAAAAAAAUGGAAUAAGCUAGAAAUCGAGUUGUAUUGAGAUUUUAAUACACUGUUGACUGGGUUUGUAUUAUCGAUAUUUCACUACCGUCCUCCUCAAGGGUGGCCAUUUUAUAGAUCGUAUCUGUA